AUGACUGAUAUAUCACAAAAGUCAUGUAGUGCGUCGGGGUGUGAUAAGCCUGCGAAAUUGAGAUGUCCGACUUGCAUCAAACUGGCACUUGAAGAUGCCUUUUUCUGUGAUCAAGACUGUUUCAAAUCUAACUGGAACUCUCACAAGGUUGUUCAUGUUGAUUUAAGUGCCCCGUACAAUCCUUGGCCAUAUUACUCGUUUACUGGACCUCUUCGCCCGGCACGUCUCACACCCAAGAGAGAAGUUCCCGAAUCAAUUCCUCGUCCUGAUUAUGCUCUACACCCUGAAGGUGUAUCCUUCGAAGAACGAAACGCUAAGGCUAACAAAGUAGUCAAGGUUUUGACUCCAGAAGAGAAAGAAGGAUUAAAAAUUGCAUGCAAAUUGGGUCGUGAAGUGCUCAAUGAAGCUGCUAAGGCAUGUGCUCCUGGAGUCACUACUGAAGAAAUUGAUAGAGUUGUCCAUGAGGCAUGUAUCGAACGUGAUUGUUAUCCUAGUCCAUUGGGAUACUAUAAGUUUCCCAAAAGUUGCUGCACAUCCGUAAAUGAGGUCAUCUGCCAUGGUAUCCCAGAUCAAAGACAGUUAGAAGACGGUGAUCUCUGUAAUGUUGACGUAACGGUAUACCAUAGAGGAUUCCACGGCGAUUUGAAUGAAACUUUCCUUGUUGGUACCAAAGUUGAUGAAGAAUCUCGUAAACUUGUACGAGUUACGUAUGAAUGCUUAUCUCAGGCGAUCGCUAUCGUAAAACCUGGAGUGAAGUUCCGUGAAAUAGGAAAUGUAAUUCAAAAGCACGCCGCUGCUAAUGGAUUUUCUGUUGUGAAGUCUUAUUGUGGUCAUGGUAUCCAUCGACUGUUCCACACCGCUCCGAACAUCCCUCAUUAUGCAAAAAACACUGCUCCUGGAGUUAUGAAAGCAGGAAAUUCUUUCACUAUCGAACCGAUGAUUAACGCUGGAAGUUUGUACGAUUCUCAAUGGCCCGAUAACUGGACUGCUGUUACGAAGGAUGGAAAACGUUCAGCUCAGUUUGAACAAACUCUACUUGUUACUGACACUGGCUGUGAAAUCUUGACCGCAAGAGAAACUGGACAACCUUGGUUCAUGGAUCAAAUCGCUGAAAGAUAUUCGAAUUAA